GCCCAGUCAAUCGACGUCAGCAACCGAGAUGGCAAAGGAACACUGCCUCACGUGAUUCUAGGCUGUUCUCCAAAGCAAUCAAUUAUUAUUCGGGGAAAUUUGGUGGAACUGCAUCGUGCAGCAGAGAGCAUCUUGCUAUCCAAAAGAUUUCUUUCCCGCCAUCUAUCAACGGCAACGUGUCGCACAGUUAUUUGUCGCCCAUAGUCGCUCUUACUGGCAUCGCGGUGUUCACAGGAGUAAAUGGCGCAUCGAAUUAUAACCCAGAUCGUCCUCACGGGCGGUCGUGUAUUCGGCAAAGCUUUCGCAGAAGCAUAUAAACAAGCUCAAGCAUCCUCUCAAUAUGCAAAGGCGGCUGCAAAGAGCGACCCCGGCGCCGUCAAUACCGCCGCUGCUUCCGGCAUGACCCUGGACGAAGCCUGCAAAAUCCUCAACGUCAAGCCUCCGCAAGGUGGCGUCGCCAAUAUGGAACAAGUUAUGGAACGAUUUAAGAAGCUUUACGACCUCAACGAACCCAAAAAGGGUGGCGGCGGAUCAUUUUACCUUCAGAGCAAGAUUCUUCGCGCGCGGGAACGGAUAGAAAUGGAAGCCAGGGCUGCCGAGCGAAAAGCAGCUCUAGAAAAGGAAAUCAAAGAAGGACGGUGACCCGGCUGAUGGCCCACGGGCAUGGACGGAUCUCCUACAACCCUCGAACCCUUCUCCAUUCCGAUUGUCGAUAUUUCAUGCAUAGCGGACGGCGUUGGGGUGUAACUAUCGCAUUGCGGACUGUACAAUAAAAGCUGGAGCGAUGUGUCGGAAUUUCUGGGCGAGCCGAUGGCUUGGAAUACUAGCGGAUGCGUUGAGCCUAAGCAAACUCGGAAUUGGACGGAGAGAUUAGCAGAGGACAGCGGACAAUCUGCAUGGAUAGAUGUUUGGUUGUCCUUGAAAAGCAAAUGGACGCAAGAGAAGCCGAUACAGUAUGGAGAGACAUCGAUAUAAGCCUCUCCACUCAGAAUCAAGAGCCACGGAAAAGAGAAAAUGUCUCUGGGCAGUGACGGACCAAGGGAAUGUCCCUGGGCUUAAUUGGAACGCAUCCUACCUGCCAGUCCAGCCAUGAGAUGGGCGUCGCAGACCUGGCAACUCUAUAGCGAAGAAUUGCUCUCUUGCUUGCCUACAACGACCAUACUUUGAUGCGUCAAAGGACGAGGCCAGAAGAUGUUUGUUGUGGCAGUGGCUGUUUCACUUGUUCCGUAGUACGAUUGCCACACGCAUAACUCUGGAUUAGGUCGAAAGAUGUAUAGGAGAAUUAACAUUGGGCGAUUGGAAGUACUGUAAUGUAUCUCGAGUGCAUGAAAUACCUAGUAGCGUCAGGUUGAUUACGUGACGAUGCAGUGGGAGAAGCAGGGUCCUUGGGGCCAUCUGGACG